UGUUUAUAAACGUAAUGCAACGUGCAGCAACUCGAAUUAAAAAUAAAUUAUGCAAAUAAAAAUAAACAAAUAAAUAAUUGUAAUAAUUAAUAAAAAAAAAGUAUUUAAUAAAAAUGGAUGAUUCAGUUGAAAAUAAUGGGGACAUUGGUUUCGGAAACAACGACGAGAGAUAUGAGGCAUUAAAUGAAAAAUUUAUGCUGCUCAAAGAGAAAAUUUUUAAUUCAUCAAGAUUAAUAGACCAGUAUAAUAAACUUCGAGAGGACUUUCAAGCUUCCGAAGAACAUUACAAAAAUUCAAUAGCUUGCGAGCGCAAUUCGACGAAAGCUAUCCGUCUUAAACUAAAUGAGCGCGAAAAAAGUGUCAAUGAUUUGACUAAACGUAAUACUCUGCUCGUGAAACAGUGUCAUGAACACGAGAUCAAUAGGGCCGCAGAUAAUAAAUUUAUAGAGCAGCAAACCGCGAAAAUAAAAGAACUGGAAGAAGAGCAAACGGUAAAAUCACUUGAAUUUAAUGUCGUGAAAUCAAAUCUCGAAAUUCAAAUACAAGAUUUAAAAAAAGAGUUGGCUGCUUAUCAUAAAAAAGAUCCUAAUUAUGAUAAAAAAUUGGCCAGGAAGCAGAAAAAGACUUCGCCAUUUAAAACGGCCCGCCAAACCGGGCUAAUUGAUUUGUCGCUUCUCAAUAACGAUGUACCCGAAGUUGACACCGAGAACUUCAGCUUCGAUCAAAACGAUUCAGCAAAUGAUAGCUCUGUUUUAUCUCCGGUUCUAAAAGAUCAAUCGACUUCUACCGAUGAUCUGCCUGCAGGUUCCAUUCUCACUCCCAAAAAACGCUCACCCAAAAAAAUAACUCAUAGUGUUGAAGUACAAGUGCGCCCUCUACAAGACCACAAGGGCACGAUAACAGAUUCAAAUAUGCCACAUAAUAAUUUGUAUCCGUUGCACUGCAACAAAUGCCAUGAAACCUUAGGCGCCGAGCCGGUUGAAGAAAUUUUAAAUACUAUGACGACUUCGGUGACGUUUAUUGGACCUUCUUUACCUCGGCUCGACCCAAUUGACCCACUCAAUAAUUCAGUAGGCACUUCUGCUGUAAAUUCAGUCCCAAAUAGUCAACUAUCGCAAAAUAUACAGGGUAGAGUUGAUGUACGACAAGAUGGCGGCGCUGGUACACAAAAUGGCGACAAAGACUACGCGGAACUUAAAAAGGAAGUAUUGAAUAUGCAGGAAAUACUAGAGGAUUUAAAAAAGAGUAAUUGCUGUAAUCAACCUAAAAACUGCUGUGGAUCUUCGAACAAUAAUUCGAAUAAUAAUUUGCCAUUAGAUUUGCUAACUUCAGUACUGAGCCAAUUGGUUGAUAAAAAUGUUAAUCCAAAAAAAAAGAAAAAGCGGGUAAAAGCUAAAAGUAAAUUCUUCAGAAGAAAAGUUAAAGUUUCUAAAAGUUUCAGAAAAUCAGAAAGCAAGGAACAAUCUACAAGUACAUCGAGCUCAAGUUCACGAUCUACAAGUUUGUCCAGAAAAUCUAGAAGUUCAUCAAGAUCUAGGAGCUCAUUUAGAAAAUCUAAAAAUUCUAGACAUUUGCCUAGGAAAUCUAGAAGUUUAUCAGGAUCUAGAAGCUUGUCUAGAAAAUCUAAAAAUUCUAGUCGUUUGCCUAGAAAAUCUAGAAGUUCAUCAAGAUCUAGAAGCUCGUUUAGGAAAUCUAAAAAUUCUAAACGUUUGCCUAGAAAAUUUAAAAGCUCAUCAAGAUCUAGAAGCUCGUCUAGAAAAUCGAAAAAUUCUAGACGUUUGUCUAGGAAAUCGAGAAGCUUGUCUAGAAGAUCAAGAAGUUCAUCUAGAAGUCCUAGAAGAUCUAGAAGUUUAUCUAGGAAAUCUAGAAUUUUGUCAAGAUCUAGAAGUUGGUCUAGAAGAUCUAGAAGUCUAUCAAGAACAAGUUCUAGAAGAUCUAGAAAGUUCUCUAAAGUAUCUAGAAGCCCAUCCCUAACUCGAAGUCGUAAACGAUCUAGAGUUGAAUCAUCUUCUGGAAGCAAAGAAAAUUUAGAUUCUAGAAGCUGUUCAACUUCAAAAUCCCAACGAUCUAAACUAUCUAGAAGUCUAUCCAAAGAAUCCAGAAGUCAACCGAAGGAUAAAAAAUUUAAUCGAAUCAAAAGAUGCCCAAGAAUUUCAAGUUCUGAUCCAGAAACUGAAAAUCUAGAAUCCAGACCCGACUCGAAUAGCGUGAAAAAUGGUUCCACAACUGAUUUGAGUGAAAGCGAAGCCUGUUCUCCGAAGUUUACGAACCCAGUGAGCGCGAUAAAAAAUCGUGUAAAAACUGUUAGAUCUGACAGUCCGGAAUUAUUGUCAGAAAGAGUCCAAAAGAUGAAAACUAAUCUUUUUUCUACGAAUCAAGCAUCUAAUAAACUUCCAAAAACUUCGCCUAAAGCGACUAAAAAAAACAAAAGAUCAAGUGAAGUAUCAAAAACUUCCGCACAAAUUCAGACCGGGAUUUUAAAAAAAUUGCGUAAAUUGAAGACAAACAAGCCAUUGAUUACGACACCAUCUUCUAGCAUUUUGAACUCCACAGAAACUGGCGAAUCAUCGGUUCCGGGAAUAACAGGAAGUCAGCGCAAGAGAAUCGCUCAUACUCCGAAAACUAAUGUAGAAGUUGGUCCAGUUGGCAAACGUCUGGCUUCGGAAGAAAAAGUUCAGCCGGCGAAAAGACGUCGGGUGACGCGAUCGUCGACUGAUAAAGAUGCAAGUCCGAUAAAUCCUACAGAUUUUUUGAAGAGUCUUAUAGAUCCAGAAAGUAGUUCUGAUAUGCCAGAGUCUACACAGGUACAGAAAACUUCACAAACUUCACUAGAAACUUCAGCUUUGGAAGGGAAAGAAAAAACUGCGGAUCCAAAGACGCCGGGAAUAAAAAUUUCCAAACCGAUUCCGACGAAACGGGCUCCGAAAAUUGUUAUCGUCAAUGGAAUUCCGGUGGUUAAAAAACCUGUUGGCAGGCCGCCAAAAAAUCCUGAUGGAGUGAAAAGAAAGUAUACUAGAAAAACUGAAGUUAUUACAAGUGCAGAACUUGUUGAAGAACCCGAUUCGCAAAAUCGGACACUAGAAAGUUUAGGAAAUAAUUUAGUUGAAGAAAACUCGGUUGGAAAUAUUCUAGAAACUCCGAAAUCUAGAACAAACUCGCCAAUGAAAAGCCUACCGAUUAUAGAAAGUUCAAUUGAGUCUAAAGAUGAAAAAGUUGUGGAAAUUAAAGAAAGUUCUGGUGAGUCAAAACUAGAAAAUUCAAAUAUUUCCGGAGAGCAAGAGAAACUUCUAGAAAGUUCAAAAAUGAGUUCUAUGGAUUCUGGAGUUCUGGAGAUCGUUAAUGAGUCAGAAUCUGAAGAAAAUGUUCCAGAAAGUUCACAAAUAAAUGCUGAUAAAUCAGAUGAUAAAGUUAUAGAAAGUUUAAAAAUUGAUUCAGAGUCGCAGCUUAUAAAAAAUUCAGAUCUAGUUACAAGUGUUCCAGAAUUUAUAGACAAGUUACAAAAAAUUCUAAGCGAACAAACACUUAUAGAAAAUUCAAAAACAGUUGCAAGUAAUCCAGAAAUUUUAGAAAGUUCGGAGCCAGCUAAAAAUAAAUCGGAGCUUCUGGAAAAUUCAAAAUCCGCACGAAGUGAGCAAAAUCUUCUAGCCAAUUCAGAAGCAAUUACAAAUGAUCCAAAGGUUCUAAAAAGUUCUAAAAAAGUUAUUAGUGAUUCUGAGGCUAUAGAAAAUUCAAAUUCAGUUACAAGUGAUUUAGAACUUCUAGAAAAUACCAAAACAGUACAAAUUGAGCAAAAACUUUUAAAAAAGUCAGAAACGGCUACCGAUAAACUAAAACCUCUAGAAAGUUUGAAAAGAGAUUCUAGUAAUUCAGAGCUUCUAGAAAGUCCAAAUACAGUUCAAGAUGAGAACAAAGUUAUAGAAAGUUCAAAACCAGUCACAAAUGAUCCAAAACCUAUAGAAAAGUUAAAAACAGUUACAAGUGAUCUAGAACUUAUAGAAAACACUAAAAUGGUUACAAGUGAUCUAAAAGUUCUGGAAAAUAAAACAGUAGAUUCAAAUUCACCAGAACUUCUAGAAAAUUUAAAAACAGUCACAACCAACGAUUUAGAACCGAACUCAACAAAUACUUCAAUUGUAUCGAAACUUAAAAAUCCCAAAAUAAAUGAAACUUCAGAUUCUAGAGUUGAAAAUCUUCUAGAAGUUCAAAGAAUAUCUGAAAAACUAGAACUUAACCAAGAAAUUACAAUUGGUGAUGGACUAAAAAAUUCUGAAGUAUGCAUACAAAAUUCUUCCACGUCUGUAGAAUCUAUGGAAACUGAAGAAUUUACAUCAAUUUGUUCAGAAACUUCGGAGUCGGUAGAAUUAUCUCUAGGCCUCGAUGUUUCUGAUGCUUUCGAAUCUAUUCCGGCGUCUGAUGACGAUUUUAUGAACUCUGAGGCUUCGGAUAUGACAGACAAAAAACUAGAGAUCGUCGAACUGUCUUCGGAAGCUUCCGGAAUUGGAACAGUUUCAGAAUUAGAGACCGAUCCAGAGUUGGAACUUUUUCCAAAAGAUUCUCAAGUAGACUCCGAGUCCGACAAGCCUCUAGAAGACAAAAUUUCAAAGUCUAUAAUGGUUGCUGAGUCUCCAGAGAUAAAAUCUCCAGAAUCUGAAUCCAAAGAUCCCCUACUCGCGACUCCAAAUCCAGUCCCAGUUCCAGAAAAAAUUCUAGCACCUUCCAGACCAAAUGUGCCUUCUAGAAUGCUUCCGAAAAUGAUAGAAAAGCCUGCAAAGGCCUUCAAGUUACCACUCACUCAAAAAUCAAAGCUUCUAGAAACUUCCAUCAUCAAAAAAGCUUCGAAUUCCAGGAGAAUUCCAGACGCCACUGUUACUCUGCCAGCUUCUUCUGCCAAUGAAUCGGCUAAAUCUAUGAUUCUAGAAGCUAAAAAAAGUUCACCCGAAAAUACUAGAAGCCUCAGAAAUCGAACUGUUUCAAUUAGUCCACCGAAAACUUUAAAAUCGCCUCGAUGUUCUCCAGUAGCCGUCAAACCAACCCCAGAAUCUUUACCGCAGUCUCCGAAAACAUCCAAACCUGAGGCCAGUAUUCCAGAAGCUGAACUAGAAAGCCCAAAAUCACCAGAUUCCCCAGAAACCCUUCCACCGCGACAAAGUAGCAUUCAAAAUCUCCUAGAUUUUUACCUGCACUCCAGAAUUUCUUUAAACAAAACUUACACCCAGAGACUCACUGAAGAAAUUGCCGAAACAAAAUCAAAAUCCAUUGAAAAAUUUGUCAAAAGCGAGUAUCAACGUCUUCUGGAUGCCCCAAACUGGACUAAUGACCUCAAUGACAGUUUCAUAGAUGGCUUAGAAAAGUUAAAUUUCAACGAAGUCAACUUCGCCAAUGCGACUGUUGAAUUUAUGAAAGAGCGCUACGAAUUAAAUGAGCCACUGAAUCGCGAGUACACGCCACCAGCGCCACUCAUGACCGUGUCCCAGCAGAAAAUCAUCGGAUUCCUGGCUAAAUAUGAGCAGAGACGACCCGGGAUUAUGUACAAGGUCAUGGACAUCAUCGACUCGACUUUGUUCAGACUUAAAAACAACAGCGACAAUGAGACUGAUACAAAUGUUCUUGAAGGCCUCGCGCGAUUCUUUGUUUUGAUGGCAAAGAUAAAAAAAGACCGCGAAAGAGUGAGGAUUAUGAUCUGCGACGCGCUUUACUGCUUUCAGACGAAAGCUUUCAAUAUUUUGUAUGUAAUUUUGACAUCCUGGGCUGAGGUGAUACCGACUUAUGAUGAAAACACCAUGAGUUUGUCUUCACAAAAUGGCCGCGGGAUACAAGAUGGCGGCGAUUGUAAACAAAGAGACAGAGAGUUGGUACAAAAUAGAACUAAGUAUCUAGUAAUUAGUAUUGCGACGAUAAUUAGAAAUCAGAAACGAUUCAAAGAAGACAAAUCAAAAAUAAAUUGCGUGAAAAAUUUUCUGUCGGCUUUGUAUCAGUACCCGGAUAAUUUUAUGACGAACAAGGUUAUUGGUGAUUUGUUGGAAGCAUUCAAAUAUGGAGAAUAUGACAGAUGUCUGGUGCCGGCUAUUGCUUUGAUCGCGAAGAGAGAGGGCACUGAUUGGACUUACAAGAAUAUUAUCAAGAAAUUGCUGCUGAUGAUUGUCAAUAAAAACGAAAGCUAUAAAAUUUAUGAAACUUUUAAGUUACUCGGAUAUUUGCUGCGCCCGUUUCCGGUCGAAGAUGAGGGAAAAGAAGUAGAGAAAAUCGUCAAUCAGCUGUGCGAUAUUUUGGAUGCUGGUACUGUUGAACCAGAAAUUCAAGAAGGUAUCGCACUGACACUAUUGACAUUAACCCGACACUAUUUCAUCAGCAUCAGUACGACACUUCUCCGUUGGCAGCCACCUCGUCCUUUAAAUAACGAAUUGCAACAAUUGCUGCAAACUUUCUUCCAGUCACGAACUCCAGAGUACUGGAAACAACUCGCUAAUAAAAGAAACCCUCGGUUUCCGGCUAUUAAAUAUAAGUACAAUCCCUCAACCCUAAGUAAAUAAGUCAUAACUACAUAGAGAUAUAACUACAGUUUCAUUUUUGUGAAACUGUAGUAAUAAAUGCGAACAAAUACAAUUUCUUUUUUUAUUUUGAAAAUCAAUUUAAUUUUUUUUUAAAAGCUAUUGAGAUAAAAAAAUGUGUCUCAUUAUUUUCUAUUUUAUUUUUAUAAUUUUACUGUAAUAAUUAAUUUCCCAAGUGAUAUUAUUAUCUAAUUAAAUUUAAUUUAACUAAACAGUAAUUAGCUGUAUAAAUACAUAAAUGUUUAUAUUUUUUAUUAAUAUCAAUUAUCAUUUAAGAAAAAAUUACUGUAUACUUGGCUAAUAAGAGUUGACAUUUCCUUCGGUAAUUGAUUUAC